AUGCUCAGCCAAGGACUGACAUGUCAGGCGCUUCUAUCAGAGCGGACGACACUGAGCUGCGAGUGCCCACCGAGGUACCUGGUGUUCACGCAGUUCCAGGGGAUGUGGUUCCCGAGAAAGAAUCUGAAGUUGUGGAGCUGCAACGUUCCCCAUGAACCAGGAAACCACCCGAAAGACUUGAACUUUUUUUCUAUGCUGAAUAACAUCUUGGUUCAGACAACAGAAAUGUUCGCCGGGCUUCUCACAACAAACGGCCACAAAUCAGUCAAAGGUGAAAGCGACCGUCAGCCGGACAAAAACCACUACGUCUGCAAAGCUCAGAAAGGUGAAUUCUCCACUGAGACAGCCAGAGCUGCCUCUCCUCUGCCGAUCACUUACACCUCGCUCGAUCGAAAACAUGACAUCGGCAGCCUUGACUCCGAAAAGGUGGCGGAGAUGAAAAGGACCUUGCCCCCACCCACACACCCACCCCAACCCCCACCCGCACCCACACCCCCACCCUCACCCACACCCCAACCCCCAACCACACUCCCACCCCCACCCACACCCCCACCCCCACCCACACCCUCACCCCCACCCACACACUCACCCCCACCCACAGCCCCACCCUCACCCCCACCCACACCCUCACCCCCACCCUCACCCCCACCCACACCCCCACCCCCACCCACAGCCCCACCCUCAACCCCACCCACACCCCAACCCCCACCCACACACCCACCCCAACCCCCACCCGCACCCACACCCCCACCCUCACCCACACCCCAACCCCCAACCACACUCCCACCCCCACCCACACCCCCACCCCCACCCACACCCUCACCCCCACCCACACACUCACCCCCACCCACAGCCCCACCCUCACCCCCACCCACACCCUCACCCCCACCCUCACCCCCACCCACACCCCCACCCCCACCCACAGCCCCACCCUCAACCCCACCCACACCCCUACCCUCACCCCCACCCACACCC